CUGUUUAAAAUUUUUAUUAAAUCACAUCAGAUUUGUGUGUUUCGACGUAUCCAUCUGCGACUAAGCUCACACUCGAGUUCAAGCUUGAGUUUUGAAAUUAUUGUUUGCUUGGAAAUCAAGCUAAAAAGGGUUUUUAUAAACUUAGUUUGUGUGUAAUUUUAAGCUGCAGCUAAACACCCUAUACUCUGCAAUUAAAUAGUAUCUGGGUCAAGUUAGAUUGUUUUAGUGGGAAAGCCCGGUGUUUGAAUAGUAUCUGUCUCCGUCUCCACUGCCACACAGAAAUAUUUUUGUGAUACUCAAGUAACAUUAAUUAGUUGACUUUUUUGUUAUAAAAAUGGUAUUAAUUAGUUGACUUUUUUGUUAUAAAAAUAGUAUUAAUUAGUUGACUGUUUUAUUAUAAAAAUAGUGUCUUUCCUUAAUACUUAACAAAACUAAGUGACUUUUUUGUUACAGAAAAUAAUAUAGUACCCCUAUAUUACAAUUCCAGAUUGAAUUUCAAGAUUGUUAGCUACGACUAUUUCUUUUGUUGAGAUAUUAUUAAUUAAUUUGGAUUACAUGAACAUUUAAGAAGCUAUUCAAAUUUAAUUAGUAUAUUUAAAGACUUAUAUUAUUUAGAAUAGGGAUUAAUGUGAGAUUUCGAGUGUUAAAUAACUAAUCAAAUUAUUUUAAAUAUCUCAUUUAUAGAUUUCUAUUUGUGUAGAUGGAAUUUGUGCAUCGUAGAUGGAUGUAUAAUAGGAAUCAUCCUAAUCGUGCGGGGUUGAGGGAUGAAUUUAUUGAAGGGGUUGCUGAAUUUAUUGCUAAGGCUCAAACACUUGAUGAUUUUCUUAUUGGAGGAAGGAUUAGGUGUCAUUGUGUGAAAUGUAAAUGUGUUAAGUUACUGAAAUCAGACGAAGUUAAAGUCCAUCUCUACAAGAAAGCGUUUGUAGAAAAUUAUUAUAUAUGGGCUGCUCACGGGGAGAAUCAUGCUAGUUUAGAUGAUGCUAACUUUCAUAAUUCUUUUGGUGGUGAGGGUAGCCCCAUUUCGGAGCAUAAUGUUGAAAAUCCUCGAUACAAUGAAAUGAUGAGGGAUGCUUUUGGGACGUUUCCUGGGGUUCAAUCCGAACCAAAUGAUGAGGCUAAGCAUUUCUAUGAACAGUUACUAGAAGCUAGUCGUCCAUUGUAUGAAGGUUCGGUGCAUUCCAAGUUGUCUGUUGCGGUUAGAUUGCUAAGUAUUAAAUCGGAUAGUUCUAUUUCUCAAGCGAGCAUGGAUUCUAUUAUUGGGCUUAUGAAUGAACUUAAUCCGAGUAACAUUGACUUACCAAAAGAUUUCUACACUGCUAAAAAAUUGGUUUCUAAGUUGGGUCUUUCAUCAGAGAGAAUUGAUUGUUGUGAGAAAGGUUGCAUGUUAUUCUAUAAGGAUGACGCAUCUCUAGAGAACUGUAAAUUUUGUAAUCAGCCUCGUUUUAAGGAAGUCACAAAUGCCAAUACAAAAAAGAAAGUUCCAGUUAAAGCGAUGCAUUACUUACCUCUUAUACCUAGGUUAAAGAGGUUGUAUGCAUCAAUGAGCUCUGCUUCUCAUAUGAGAUGGCACUACGAACAUAGAAGGCCACCUGGUAUACUCUGCCAUCCGUAAGAUGGAGAAGCGUGGAAGCAUUUUGAUAGGGUGUUCCCCGAGUUUGCUAGUGAACCAAGAAACAGUAGGUUGGGAUUAUGCACAGAUAGAUUUACUCCAUUUGCUGUCUCUGCUGCACCAUAUUCAUGUUGGCCGGUGUUUGUUACUCCAUAUAAUCUUCCGCCAGAGUUGUGUAUGACAAGUCCAUAUCUGUUCCUAACUUGUAUUGUUCCAGGUCCACGCAAUCCGAAAAGUUUGAUUGAUGUAUACUUGCAACCUUUGAUUGAUGAGUUACAAUUAUUAUGGCAUCAAGGUGUGGAAACAUAUGAUAUAUCAACCAAACAAAACUUCAGAUUGCAUGCUGCUUUGAUGUGUACUAUAAAUAAUUUUCCAGCUUAUGGAAUGUUGUCCGGGUGGUCGACUGCUAGAAAUUUUGCUUGCCCUUGUUGUAUGGAAGACACUAAAGCAUUUACUUUGAAACGUGGAGGUAAAAAUACAUGGUUCAACUGCCACCGUAGAUUCUUGCCAAUGAAUCAUGAAUUUAGGCUUAAUACAAGUGCAUUUAUGAAGAACCAAACCGAUUUUGAGGAGCCACGUGUUCAUUGCCAUCUACCAUGUUCACUAUCCCCCCUCCAUCUAAUAAUUCAGUUCAGUAUUAUUCUAUGCCUGCUAAAGGCAGUCAAAGUAACACCGUUUUUAACUUUGUACCCACACCUUCUAUACCAUUAUCUUCACCGGGCUUUCAUAGUAGUCAACAUGGUGGCUCACCAGCUGUUGCACCCUCGGUCUUUUAUGGUAGUCAACUUACUGACUCACCAGCUGCUGCACCCCCGGGCUUUCAUGGUAGUCAGCAUACUGGCUCACCAGCUGCUGCACCCCCGAGCUUUCAUGGUAGUCAGCAUGAUGGUGCAUCUUUUGUUGCUCCAUCAUCUUCUAUUCCAUCAUCAUCAUCCAUUCCCAGCAUAUCUAUGUUGGAUAUUGGAGGCUCUCGCCCAGCUACAUCUAGUGUUGCUUCUGCACCAUCUCGUAGACACAGGGAGAAUCUUGGAGGGGAUGUACAAUUUGAUAGUUAUAAUCGAUUGAUAAUCGUCCCCCACAAGGAUGGGUUUUUGCCAUCCUUUCAAGCUACACAUUUGGUUACAGAUUCUAUGAAGCCAUUUUAUCAUGAGUCGUGGACUUCUUGGAGAAAGAUACCGUACAACAUCAGAGAGCAAAUGUGGAAUCAAUUUAGGACAAGGUGUACAUGGCAUCCUCAGCAUCAAAAUGCAAUAAAUAGUAUUUUCGAGAAGAAAGCUGCUAUAAAGAUUAAAGAUACUAUGUGCGCUGCUCGAAAUUCCGGUAAUAUGCUAGAGUGGUUAAGAGAAGAUGUUUGGGAUAAACUUCUUGAGAAAUGGAAUACCCCAGAAUGGAAGGCAAAGAGUGAACAAGCAAAGGCAAACCAUGCCUCUAAAAAAGGUGGCUCGUUGCACACAGGAGGUUCGAUUACUUUUGCGGCCCAUAAACUAAGAAUGGUAAUUAUUUAUAAAAAAUUUCUUAGUUUUACAUAUUGA